AUGAUUGGUUCAAAGUCGUGCGCCAACAGAGCCGCCCUUCUUGGCGCUCUGCCUUUGGCUAUCGCGACAAUUGCCCUGACCUGCCCUUGGGCAAGCGCCACGUCCAACUAUUCGGUGAUACGGCACCUGAAUGGGCCAGGUGAAACUCAGUAUGUGCCUGUCAGUGAUGCCUUCUCGACCAUCGAUCUGAGUACGCUAGCCGCACCGCUGGGCGAACAGACAGGAAGAGUUGCAAAGGAAACUUGGGACGUUGUUCAUCUAUCAGGUGGCCCUAGCGGCAUGGCGGAAAACAGCAUAGUCUCGUUGGGACUGGGGGAGAUGUCCGCGGUGGUGGAUGCUUCGGCGGUACCAGCAGUGAGCGCCAACAACACCCAAAGCCAGCUGCAUACCGUCCAGGUGCAGAUGCUGACCCCGAUUCUGUGGCCAUCUAUUACCGAGAUCCGGGUGCUCCUGCGGGGCCUAGACCGCAACGGCCGACAGCUCACGGGUGGUGGGGUGACAGCCUAUGCGCGCGUGGUCAAGCCUUCAGACGUGGCGGGCGAGGCGGCGCUGGUGCAGGGGUGUCAGUUGGCACCCGGUACUGGGACCUGCGUGGUGAGCCUGGAGGUGCCGGCCGCAUGGUAUUCGGAGCCAUCGUAUGUUGCUGCGGGCAGCCUACUGGGCACGCGCGUGGUACCCGUCUUUGGGCUGACCACGGCCAGCGGCACGGUGAGCUCAUCGUUUGGGCGACUGACGCUACGGCCCGAGGGGAGCGCCGUGGUUUCGGCACGAAGCGCGACUGCGGCGGGUAGUCUGCACGUUACGCUGCCGUAUAGCAGCGUAGAGGACGCAUCGGGUGCGGCGCGUGUUUUGUUGAGCACGCGUGUGAGCGCGGCCGGGCUCGAUAGUCUGACGAUGAGCGUCAGCUUUGAGCAUCAAGCGUUUGUGGUAUCAGGGUUUGAGCCUCUGGCACCGGUUGACCCGACGGCUCUGGCGAGCGUGGCUGCGAGCACGGGCAUGGUGGUCUUGACGCAGCUGGGCGUGAGCGGGCCGCGGACCGAGAUUGUCGAGUUGGGCUGGCUACUGCUCGACGUGAACACGACGGUCCAGGCACAGCUCGAUGUGUUGGAGACGAUGAAUGUCAGUGUCGCGGCGACGGUGAUUGGCAUGACGGACCUGGCCGGCAACGCGUUGGGCGUGGAUGUCAGUGUGGUACAGGAUGCAUACGGCUUACAGAGCGCGGGUUCGAGUACUGGUACAGGCACAAUGGUGAUGGGCAGUGGACGAGCCGUGUUGGCGGCGUUUGCUGUGCUCGAGGACGACGCGGUGAGCAGCUUUUCGGGCCUGACGGGUGUACCGGAUCAGUUCAAUGUGAGCGUUUACUACGCCAGGUCGGGUUGGACUCGCGACAUAGUGCUAUAUGGCUCUGGUGAGGUGGCUGGGCACGCUGGAGUGGACCUGAGUUGCUCAGGCAGCGCAAACGUGGAGAACGGGUAUGGCCAUCUGAGUGCCAGCUGCUUGGAGCUGAUUGUCAAUGGGAGCCACAGCACGGGGACGGCGGCGAGCAGCUUGGCACUGACGGUUCGGGCCGUGCGCCGUGAUGGAAGUGCGACCACGGAGAGCUCGCAAAACAAGGAGUGCGUUGUGAGCGCGAGCAUAUUUGUGGUUGGCGAGAGUGAAGUCGUUGCGGAGAAAUCGACGCUGCGACGCGUGACGGACUUGCUGCCGGCAAGUGUUGGCGAUGAGGCGGCGUGUCAGGAUUAUCAGUAUGAGUGGUGUCGUGUUCGGGUGACGGCAACGCUGCAAGCCGUUACCGGCAGCGGUGGUGUUCUGACCAGUGCACCGGUCGAUGUGACGGCGAUAGUCGGGGCACGACUUCGGAGCAAUGACACAUCGAUCGCCACGAUGCGGCGAUUCGGUCCGUCUGUGGGUACGGGCAUGAGUGCGAAUUUGGUUUUUGUGCAGGGCAUUGCACCCGGAGCCUUUGUCCUUGAGCUGGGACAGGAUACGUCGAUCAGCAGCUCCGUGCUGGCGAGCAGCGAGACACUGUUGUGCAGCGACCUGGGUCGAGUGAACGUGCUUGGGCUGGAAGCCAUCUAUGUGACUGGCCUGGAGGCGCGGCUGGCCUUGCCCGUGAGGAUGGGACCCGAGGCCAACACGAGCAUUGUGCUUACCAUUGAACGUGAGGAGCUGUAUCGGGUGGGCGAGGCGCCAGGCGCUGUUUUGGUAUCUGCGCUGUUGGAUGAUGAGACCCGCCUUCCCUUGACGCUGGGCGGCAGCGCGUUUGGGUGGCGCUCACCGCAAGAUGGCGAGCUGGUCAUGCAGAGUAUAGCCCCAGCCACGGUGGCUGUGCUCGACAAUGGUUAUGGUGUCGAGGUUGUUGCAGGUGCGCUGGCAGACCAUGGCGGUUUGUUAGAGGUGGUUUGGCGCUCGGGCAACAUCUCGAACGGUGCUGAGCACUGUGACGCGAGUGGCACGGCUGGCAAGGUCCUGGGACGCGGCCUUGUUCAAGUUGCCGUGAACGUGUUUGCCCCGCAGCAACUGAAUGGCAUUGACUCUGGGGCCGUACCGAUCAGUGGCCUUUAUUCGCCACAUAUCGGAAGCCGACUUGAUGCACAGGACAUCGAAUUUCCCUCGUCAUUUUUGAAUGCUAGCAUGGCUACCGACGGUAGCUCACUUGUUCGACCAGUGGGAUAUGUGGUUGGCUCGGUGUCUGACUAUCGCCGAGAGCUUGAGUUGGGUGAGGGCACUGUCACGUUAGGACUGGGGGAGAUGUCCGCGGUGGUGGAUGCUUCGGCGGUACCAGCAGUGAGCGCCAACAACACCCAAAGCCAGCUGCAUACCGUCCAGGUGCAGAUGCUGACCCCGAUUCUGUGGCCAUCUAUUACCGAGAUCCGGGUGCUCCUGCGGGGCCUAGACCGCAACGGCCGACAGCUCACGGGUGGUGGGGUGACAGCCUAUGCGCGCGUGGUCAAGCCUUCAGACGUGGCGGGCGAGGCGGCGCUGGUGCAGGGGUGUCAGUUGGCACCCGGUACUGGGACCUGCGUGGUGAGCCUGGAGGUGCCGGCCGCAUGGUAUUCGGAGCCAUCGUAUGUUGCUGCGGGCAGCCUACUGGGCACGCGCGUGGUACCCGUCUUUGGGCUGACCACGGCCAGCGGCACGCUGGGCGUGAGCGGGCCGCGGACCGAGAUUGUCGAGUUGGGCUGGCUACUGCUCGACGUGAACACGACGGUCCAGGCACAGCUCGAUGUGUUGGAGACGAUGAAUGUCAGUGUCGCGGCGACGGUGAUUGGCAUGACGGACCUGGCCGGCAACGCGUUGGGCGUGGAUGUCAGUGUGGUACAGGAUGCAUACGGCUUACAGAGCGCGGUGCUAUAUGGCUCUGGUGAGGUGGCUGGGCACGCUGGAGUGGACCUGAGUUGCUCAGGCAGCGCAAACGUGGAGAACGGGUAUGGCCAUCUGAGUGCCAGCUGCUUGGAGCUGAUUGUCAAUGGGAGCCACAGCACGGGGACGGCGGCGAGCAGCUUGGCACUGACGGUUCGGGCCGUGCGCCGUGAUGGAAGUGCGACCACGGAGAGCUCGCAAAACAAGGAGUGCGUUGUGAGCGCGAGCAUAUUUGUGGUUGGCGAGAGUGAAGUCGUUGCGGAGAAAUCGACGCUGCGACGCGUGACGGACUUGCUGCCGGCAAGUGUUGGCGAUGAGGCGGCGUGUCAGGAUUAUCAGUAUGAGUGGUGUCGUGUUCGGGUGACGGCAACGCUGCAAGCCGUUACCGGCAGCGGUGGUGUUCUGACCAGUGCACCGGUCGAUGUGACGGCGAUAGUCGGGGCACGACUUCGGAGCAAUGACACAUCGAUCGCCACGAUGCGGCGAUUCGGUCCGUCUGUGGGUACGGGCAUGAGUGCGAAUUUGGUUUUUGUGCAGGGCAUUGCACCCGGAGCCUUUGUCCUUGAGCUGGGACAGGAUACGUCGAUCAGCAGCUCCGUGCUGGCGAGCAGCGAGACACUGUUGUGCAGCGACCUGGGUCGAGUGAACGUGCUUGGGCUGGAAGCCAUCUAUGUGACUGGCCUGGAGGCGCGGCUGGCCUUGCCCGUGAGGAUGGGACCCGAGGCCAACACGAGCAUUGUGCUUACCAUUGAACGUGAGGAGCUGUAUCGGGUGGGCGAGGCGCCAGGCGCUGUUUUGGUAUCUGCGCUGUUGGAUGAUGAGACCCGCCUUCCCUUGACGCUGGGCGGCAGCGCGUUUGGGUGGCGCUCACCGCAAGAUGGCGAGCUGGUCAUGCAGAGUAUAGCCCCAGCCACGGUGGCUGUGCUCGACAAUGGUUAUGGUGUCGAGGUUGUUGCAGGUGCGCUGGCAGACCAUGGCGGUUUGUUAGAGGUGGUUUGGCGCUCGGGCAACAUCUCGAACGGUGCUGAGCACUGUGACGCGAGUGGCACGGCUGGCAAGGUCCUGGGACGCGGCCUUGUACAAGUUGCAGUUGACCCCGCUCCUCUGCACGGAAUACUGCCUUUUCCACUUGUUACCACGAGUGGUCUUCUUGUUGACAGCACUCUUUACAUCAACUCGACUAGCCUAGAAUCACCCGUCGAGUUCAAAAGUACCGUCCGUGCCGAUCCAUUCUCACGUUCGAUGUCAUUCGACAUCCCAUCCAUCUCGUCACAGUCCUAUUCCAUUUCGCAGCCACCCAGGAUAGCUGCCGUGGUUGCAACACAUGCACACAUUUUGAAGGUCGACGUGACACCCGAUUCAUUGGAUACAAGCGUUGUGCUUUCCGUUGAACGAGAAUCGCAACGGCAGAUGCCAAGCGACAUUGAGUUACAAGCGUCCUUAAAGCUAUCAGACGACGUUGACGCCGCUGUGCUCCCUCGCCAUGUCAAUGGGUCAUGCACAGCGAGCGCCGCGACAGGCGCUUGUAUCGUACAACUGCAGUUGCCAAGCAGCUGGCUGCUGAAUCGCAUAGACAUUAACGGCACCGGCCUUCAAGAUGGUGGCAGCGCACAGCUGUAUGCCAGUAUCGGCGAGCAGCCCACAAUCCGCUCCAAUGGGACUACCGUAUUGCUGCGAGCCCUGGGUCCAGCAGCAACUGUGGCUAGCCCGGCUUUGGAAGCCGGUGGAUUGCUGGCAGAGCUGCCUAUGCGUCAAUUGCUGCCGGAAGAAACUUUUGAUGUUCCUGUUUUUGGCAUGUGGUCGCGAAGUUUGCAAGCAUUUAGUUUCAGUGCGGCUGUUGAUGAGGGAUUGGUGAUUGAUGGCUUUACUGGAAGUUCUGGCUGGACAGGUGAAGUCUUGGCCCUCGAUUCGCGCAAUGUCACUGGUACUUUUAUCCGUUCUGGGACCGGCAGUUCGGCUGGCCUGCAAUUGCUGGGCCAAUUGCACUUGGUUGUGCGUACUGAGACCGAGCUUGGCCUUGGUUUUGCAGAAGAGCGUGAAGUGGGCGUGACGUUGAUGACUUUGUUCUUAAGCGAUGUGAAUGGGCAGGAAGUCAUCAACGACAUGGCUGGUGCAGAGCUGGCAACACGAUAUGGUCGCGUGGAGGCUGGUGGCCAUGGCUUGGGUCACGUUGUGGUAGUGAGCGGUGAACGCGUGGUAGGCUUGGUCAGCUAUCUACCAGACAGCGUAGAGCUGAUCAAUACGGCCAUUUUGACAGGCAAUGUCGAGGAGCGCGAGCUUGCACAUCUGAUUGUGCGCCGCAAAGAUCUGCAACGCUUUGUUGGCUUCUCGCAAGAGGAUUCCGCUUUGAGCUUGAGCUGCAACGGUUCGGGGGAUGGGCUUCCAGCUGCUCCUUUUGGCGUGAGCGUGGAUUGCCAUUCCAUCUUUAUGAAUAGCAGUCACAGCAACGCUGGCAUUGGCAUUGUUGACGUGUCUUUGACGCAGGUUGGUGUGGCAGAGAAUCUGAGGAGCAGCAUCAAGGCUGCAGUGUGGGCGCCCGAGCUUCCUGUGGAGGUGUUGGUUGAUCGAGCUGAGCUGCAUCCUGUGGCCGAGUGGAUAGACCCCAGCAUUACAAACAUUGCUGAUUGCAACAAAUUUCAGUACCAGACAGGCACGGUCGAAGUGCGGGCACGGUUCUCGCUCGGCAACGGCGACUCGGAGCGUGUGGUUGUGACGGAUUUGCUAGCGGCCAGCCUGUACGUAAACGAGACUGGUGUGGCCAAGAUGCGCCGGCUAGUUGGUGCGCCAAUGGUGCAAGGAGUGGCAGAAGGCUCAGUUGUUGUUGAGGCUCGACGGGCCUCAGACGGGGCAUUGCUGGGUCACAGCGACACCAUCAUUGUGGGCCCACACGACGUCUCGCCCAUAGUGGUUUUGGGCUUGGAUGCCAUACUCGUGCACGACGUUGACGUAUCACUUCGAGCGGGUGAGGGUGCGAAUGGCACCGAUCUAGUGGAUGUCACGCUACGACGGGAUUCUUUAAGCGAGGAGGGCAUCGUUGAUGCCAACGUUCUGGUGAGCGCCGUAUUUGACGACGGGACUCGUAUGCCGCUUUCUGUCGAGCCGGCGGUGCUCCAAUCUUCAGACGGCAAUGUGUCUGUGCACAGCCUCGCCCCUGCUUCACUGUCGGUGGAUGCGACACAGACGAUUGCUGUGGUUCGUGAUGCUGUGAAUAGCGAAGGUGGGCUUUUGGAGGCGGUGUGGCUCAGUGCAGCAAGCGCAGCGUGUCCCAGCCGCUUAAUAGGUCGUGGAGACAUUGAAGUGAGAGUUGCUGUUCCCCCGGCCGAAAGUGUGAUGAUCGACAGUUCGGCCACUGUAAUUGCUUCGGGCGAUGAUCCGGCAAGCGUUGCUGGCAUUGCUGUGGAGGCUCAGCUUCGCGUUGCUUUGAUCUACCCUGGCCAGCGUCAAGUCGACGCCACAAACGACAAUCGGACGGUGGUAGAGUUGAUGGGCGACAAUCACUUGGUUUCCCUUUCGCAAGUGGAUGGCGGCGCCUUUGUCAUUCUGGCUCGUCCAGAUGCUGCUGGUCAGAGCGGCACGGUCAUGGUACGCAUUGGUUUUGUUCAUGAGCCCAUCAGCACCACGUUCAAUCUAAGUGUCGUCAGUGGAUCGGAUGUUGAGAUGAGCGUGCAUCCAUAUCCGAGUUAUAGCGGUAGCCGCGACGUGCAAGCCGACACAUUGGCCCCCUACAGCGGCAGCCAACCUUUGCAAUAUCAACAGGCCAUUGUCUCGGCUAACCUGAUCUUGUCAAGCGGGGCCAAGUUGGACAUUUCAAUGGCGGCAAGCAGUGACUUUGUCCUCACCCCAGCAGGCGCUGCAGUCUCCGCAAGCUUACCUUUGUUAAUGCGUAGCUCGGGUCAAUAUGUUGUUGGAACCAACCUUAGUAGUGCUUUAACAACAGACGCCAUGGUCACGCUAUUUGCGACCUAUGGCGCCUCUGGUCGUCGCCAGGUCAACUCAAGCGUGGGCAUGCCUCUGACUUUUACGUCGGCGCCGGUGUUUGUGUCAAGCUUUUCUGGCUUUCGGCUAGACAGCGGCAACACACUGAGAGGUGUGGUGGAUGAGGCAAGCAGUCGACUUCGCGCGAGUUGUACUUUGAGUGACGGACGGCAGCUGAGCGACAUGUUUCCAGGAAGCAGUGGUGUUCUCAUUCCAGGACUGGUGGAGUUUACUUCAAGCCGCUCCGAUGUUCUUGAUGUAGAUGCAACUACAGGUCGAGUCACAUUGCGUGGCAAUGCAGGCAAUGAAAUUGAAUUGCGCAUCAUUGCCCGAAGCAACAGCAGCGUUUCGGCUAGUGUGAGUGUGGCGGGCAACCUGGACGCCGAUGUCGGCGACGUGGACCUCGGUGCAGAUGCGGGUCUUCCCGUGCCUGCCAGUCAGAGCGUCGGCACUAGUUUCACGCUUGGUGUCUACGUCAACACCGGCGGUGCAUCGGCGGGUGCGUAUGCAUUUGAGGUACUCUUUGAUCCGGAGGCCCUCGCAGCUACCGAGGCGGUGGCUUCGGUGGAUGGGAUCUUUUCUGCACGCUUUGAUGAGAAUCGCGUGGUGUUUGGCGGCACGGUCACGGCGGGCGCGGUGCAAGGCACGCGUGUGCAAGUGGCAAGCCUUACGUUUGAAGUUGUCGGCAGUGGCACAACAACGGUGUCGGGCGUGGUAACAACGCUCAGCCAAUCCAGUGUAGAUGCUGCGGAUAUCGGUUUGGAGACACCGCGCAGUUUUGUUGCGGGGCGUAUCGAGAUCCAGCUCGGGUCCGACCGGCGCAGGCGCGCAGGAAAUGCCAUGCAAUCGGCAACAUUGGCCACAAUGCGUCAACGACGCGCGGGCACAGUGGCGACAGGCUAUGAGCGCGUGGGUGACGUGAAUGGUGAUGGUAUCUUGAGCGUGCGGGACACGCAGUUUCUGUUGCAGUACUACAACAAUAGAUUCUCCAACUUUGUCGGCGCGCAGGGCGCACAGAUUCUUGCAGCGUUAAGUGGGAAUAACUACAGUCAAGGAGAGCUGGAUGCGGAUCAGAAUGGCGAGAUCAACCCACGCGAUGCCAUCUAUGUGAACCAGGUUGUAUUUGGAUUGUGGCGGUUUGUGCGAGGUACGCACGUGGACGAGGUGGCAGCUACGACAGCGUGCGAGCUCGUCAUCAGCCUGCAUGUUGUGGGUGCAGGGGGCAUGGCGGCGUCAUAUGAUACCACGCGCAUCUAUGUCGACUUUGAGGGGGGUGAGAGCCUGCGCGGCAAUGAGACCGUGGGUCGGAUGCUGGCGGCAAGUGCUGGUCUGGAGAGCGUUGGGCGUUUUUGGACGGCGAACAAGUCGGCAUCAGCAGAGUUGACAGGUGUGGUGUUUGAGGCGAUGCCAGGCAAUGCUAGUGGUGAGAGUGGGGGCGAUGCCGGGCUGUGGCAAGUGCGAGUGCCGACGAGCUUGGUUGCGACGGGAGUUGGCUUGAGCAUUAUCCAGGUCACUCUCGAGACGAGUGAGCCGAGGUUCUUGGUUGGCGCCGAACGUUCGCCCUAUGCCAAUGGCGCCGAGUUGGUCGUCACGGUUGAUCGUCCAUCUCUGCCCACCAGUGCCAACGCGAGGGAGGUGGUAUCGAGCGGCGUUGUGGCGGGAUACAAUCCGCUGCUGCGCUUCAACAAUACGAUGGACACCAUCACCUGCAAACUGGAAGCUGGCAUAUGUGCUAUCGGACCUUGUGCGGCUGCUCGGGCCAUUGCUGGACAAUGUUCACUGGCAGAGAAGAGUGAAUGCUUACUGUUGAACACCACGUACUAUCCAUCCAUCGUUGGAGCAUUUGGCGUUCGCUCUUCUGUUUUGCCAAUGCCUGAAUCAGCGGCAUUCGUGGAGACCCUUCUUAGCCCAGCAUGGCAAAAUGCGAGCACACAAGACUUGGGGGCAGUUGUGGAAUCUACGACAGUUUCUUUUCUCUCCAGUGGUCUUUCGCUUGCUUUGGGAGAGCAAAAUGUUUUAUUACAGUUGGAUGGCUCGGCUUCAGCUGCCGUUCGUACUUUGACAAAAGCAAUGCCUGCAGCCUCAAAGGUUAGCGUUGCGAGCUUAACAAUGCAAGAGGCGUGUCCAGAAGACGUCAGCGUCACGGCAGUUGUACAAGGCCGAGCCGCUAGAGGAUCAGUAAUAUUCGGCGGUUCAAGAGAGCUACGAGCGUCCCUAAAGCUAUCAGACGACGUUGACGCCGCUGUGCUCCCUCGCCAUGUCAAUGGGUCAUGCACAGCGAGCGCCGCGACAGGCGCUUGUAUCGUACAACUGCAGUUGCCAAGCAGCUGGCUGCUGAAUCGCAUAGACAUUAACGGCACCGGCCUUCAAGAUGGUGGCAGCGCACAGCUGUAUGCCAGUAUCGGCGAGCAGCCCACAAUCCGCUCCAAUGGGACUACCGUAUUGCUGCGAGCCCUGGGUCCAGCAGCAACUGUGGCUAGCCCGGCUUUGGAAGCCGGUGGAUUGCUGGCAGAGCUGCCUAUGCGUCAAUUGCUGCCGGAAGAAACUUUUGAUGUUCCUGUUUUUGGCAUGUGGUCGCGAAGUUUGCAAGCAUUUAGUUUCAGUGCGGCUGUUGAUGAGGGAUUGGUGAUUGAUGGCUUUACUGGAAGUUCUGGCUGGACAGGUGAAGUCUUGGCCCUCGAUUCGCGCAAUGUCACUGGUACUUUUAUCCGUUCUGGGACCGGCAGUUCGGCUGGCCUGCAAUUGCUGGGCCAAUUGCACUUGGUUGUGCGUACUGAGACCGAGCUUGGCCUUGGUUUUGCAGAAGAGCGUGAAGUGGGCGUGACGUUGAUGACUUUGUUCUUAAGCGAUGUGAAUGGGCAGGAAGUCAUCAACGACAUGGCUGGUGCAGAGCUGGCAACACGAUAUGGUCGCGUGGAGGCUGGUGGCCAUGGCUUGGGUCACGUUGUGGUAGUGAGCGGUGAACGCGUGGUAGGCUUGGUCAGCUAUCUACCAGACAGCGUAGAGCUGAUCAAUACGGCCAUUUUGACAGGCAAUGUCGAGGAGCGCGAGCUUGCACAUCUGAUUGUGCGCCGCAAAGAUCUGCAACGCUUUGUUGGCUUCUCGCAAGAGGAUUCCGCUUUGAGCUUGAGCUGCAACGGUUCGGGGGAUGGGCUUCCAGCUGCUCCUUUUGGCGUGAGCGUGGAUUGCCAUUCCAUCUUUAUGAAUAGCAGUCACAGCAACGCUGGCAUUGGCAUUGUUGACGUGUCUUUGACGCAGGUUGGUGUGGCAGAGAAUCUGAGGAGCAGCAUCAAGGCUGCAGUGUGGGCGCCCGAGCUUCCUGUGGAGGUGUUGGUUGAUCGAGCUGAGCUGCAUCCUGUGGCCGAGUGGAUAGACCCCAGCAUUACAAACAUUGCUGAUUGCAACAAAUUUCAGUACCAGACAGGCACGGUCGAAGUGCGGGCACGGUUCUCGCUCGGCAACGGCGACUCGGAGCGUGUGGUUGUGACGGAUUUGCUAGCGGCCAGCCUGUACGUAAACGAGACUGGUGUGGCCAAGAUGCGCCGGCUAGUUGGUGCGCCAAUGGUGCAAGGAGUGGCAGAAGGCUCAGUUGUUGUUGAGGCUCGACGGGCCUCAGACGGGGCAUUGCUGGGUCACAGCGACACCAUCAUUGUGGGCCCACACGACGUCUCGCCCAUAGUGGUUUUGGGCUUGGAUGCCAUACUCGUGCACGACGUUGACGUAUCACUUCGAGCGGGUGAGGGUGCGAAUGGCACCGAUCUAGUGGAUGUCACGCUACGACGGGAUUCUUUAAGCGAGGAGGGCAUCGUUGAUGCCAACGUUCUGGUGAGCGCCGUAUUUGACGACGGGACUCGUAUGCCGCUUUCUGUCGAGCCGGCGGUGCUCCAAUCUUCAGACGGCAAUGUGUCUGUGCACAGCCUCGCCCCUGCUUCACUGUCGGUGGAUGCGACACAGACGAUUGCUGUGGUUCGUGAUGCUGUGAAUAGCGAAGGUGGGCUUUUGGAGGCGGUGUGGCUCAGUGCAGCAAGCGCAGCGUGUCCCAGCCGCUUAAUAGGUCGUGGAGACAUUGAAGUGAGAGUUGCUGUUCCCCCGGCCGAAAGUGUGAUGAUCGACAGUUCGGCCACUGUAAUUGCUUCGGGCGAUGAUCCGGCAAGCGUUGCUGGCAUUGCUGUGGAGGCUCAGCUUCGCGUUGCUUUGAUCUACCCUGGCCAGCGUCAAGUCGACGCCACAAACGACAAUCGGACGGUGGUAGAGUUGAUGGGCGACAAUCACUUGGUUUCCCUUUCGCAAGUGGAUGGCGGCGCCUUUGUCAUUCUGGCUCGUCCAGAUGCUGCUGGUCAGAGCGGCACGGUCAUGGUACGCAUUGGUUUUGUUCAUGAGCCCAUCAGCACCACGUUCAAUCUAAGUGUCGUCAGUGGAUCGGAUGUUGAGAUGAGCGUGCAUCCAUAUCCGAGUUAUAGCGGUAGCCGCGACGUGCAAGCCGACACAUUGGCCCCCUACAGCGGCAGCCAACCUUUGCAAUAUCAACAGGCCAUUGUCUCGGCUAACCUGAUCUUGUCAAGCGGGGCCAAGUUGGACAUUUCAAUGGCGGCAAGCAGUGACUUUGUCCUCACCCCAGCAGGCGCUGCAGUCUCCGCAAGCUUACCUUUGUUAAUGCGUAGCUCGGGUCAAUAUGUUGUUGGAACCAACCUUAGUAGUGCUUUAACAACAGACGCCAUGGUCACGCUAUUUGCGACCUAUGGCGCCUCUGGUCGUCGCCAGGUCAACUCAAGCGUGGGCAUGCCUCUGACUUUUACGUCGGCGCCGGUGUUUGUGUCAAGCUUUUCUGGCUUUCGGCUAGACAGCGGCAACACACUGAGAGGUGUGGUGGAUGAGGCAAGCAGUCGACUUCGCGCGAGUUGUACUUUGAGUGACGGACGGCAGCUGAGCGACAUGUUUCCAGGAAGCAGUGGUGUUCUCAUUCCAGGACUGGUGGAGUUUACUUCAAGCCGCUCCGAUGUUCUUGAUGUAGAUGCAACUACAGGUCGAGUCACAUUGCGUGGCAAUGCAGGCAAUGAAAUUGAAUUGCGCAUCAUUGCCCGAAGCAACAGCAGCGUUUCGGCUAGUGUGAGUGUGGCGGGCAACCUGGACGCCGAUGUCGGCGACGUGGACCUCGGUGCAGAUGCGGGUCUUCCCGUGCCUGCCAGUCAGAGCGUCGGCACUAGUUUCACGCUUGGUGUCUACGUCAACACCGGCGGUGCAUCGGCGGGUGCGUAUGCAUUUGAGGUACUCUUUGAUCCGGAGGCCCUCGCAGCUACCGAGGCGGUGGCUUCGGUGGAUGGGAUCUUUUCUGCACGCUUUGAUGAGAAUCGCGUGGUGUUUGGCGGCACGGUCACGGCGGGCGCGGUGCAAGGCACGCGUGUGCAAGUGGCAAGCCUUACGUUUGAAGUUGUCGGCAGUGGCACAACAACGGUGUCGGGCGUGGUAACAACGCUCAGCCAAUCCAGUGUAGAUGCUGCGGAUAUCGGUUUGGAGACACCGCGCAGUUUUGUUGCGGGGCGUAUCGAGAUCCAGCUCGGGUCCGACCGGCGCAGGCGCGCAGGAAAUGCCAUGCAAUCGGCAACAUUGGCCACAAUGCGUCAACGACGCGCGGGCACAGUGGCGACAGGCUAUGAGCGCGUGGGUGACGUGAAUGGUGAUGGUAUCUUGAGCGUGCGGGACACGCAGUUUCUGUUGCAGUACUACAACAAUAGAUUCUCCAACUUUGUCGGCGCGCAGGGCGCACAGAUUCUUGCAGCGUUAAGUGGGAAUAACUACAGUCAAGGAGAGCUGGAUGCGGAUCAGAAUGGCGAGAUCAACCCACGCGAUGCCAUCUAUGUGAACCAGGUUGUAUUUGGAUUGUGGCGGUUUGUGCGAGGUACGCACGUGGACGAGGUGGCAGCUACGACAGCGUGCGAGCUCGUCAUCAGCCUGCAUGUUGUGGGUGCAGGGGGCAUGGCGGCGUCAUAUGAUACCACGCGCAUCUAUGUCGACUUUGAGGGGGGUGAGAGCCUGCGCGGCAAUGAGACCGUGGGUCGGAUGCUGGCGGCAAGUGCUGGUCUGGAGAGCGUUGGGCGUUUUUGGACGGCGAACAAGUCGGCAUCAGCAGAGUUGACAGGUGUGGUGUUUGAGGCGAUGCCAGGCAAUGCUAGUGGUGAGAGUGGGGGCGAUGCCGGGCUGUGGCAAGUGCGAGUGCCGACGAGCUUGGUUGCGACGGGAGUUGGCUUGAGCAUUAUCCAGGUCACUCUCGAGACGAGUGAGCCGAGGUUCUUGGUUGGCGCCGAACGUUCGCCCUAUGCCAAUGGCGCCGAGUUGGUCGUCACGGUUGAUCGUCCAUCUCUGCCCACCAGUGCCAACGCGAGGGAGGUGGUAUCGAGCGGCGUUGUGGCGGGAUACAACCCGCUGCUGCGCUUCAACAAUACGAUGGACACCAUCACCUGCAAACUGAGAGCUGGCCUUUGUUGUACCGCUUGCGAGGAUGGCACCUAUGCGAGCGACUGUGGCUUUGAAAAUGGGCCUGGAACUUGUGACAAGGCUCACACCCUGCUGAGCACGUCCAAUGCUCUAUCAGAUGCCGUUUCGCCGGUCCAAAAUCAGCUCGCUGGUUACCCCUCACGGGCAUUACUUCUGGUGGGCCAUCGAAGAGAAUAUCGAGGUGGCACCAAGCACUGCGCUACAGCCUCGCCGCAAGAUUGCUUUCCCACAAAGCACUGGGCGGACUUUCUGCUUGCAGAGGAGGCUUUGAAGCGCCCACCAACGGCCAUUGUGCCCUCAACGCAGCGCCCGAGCGUUAUUGAAGAUGACAGUGCUUCUGAAGGAUACAUGCACGUUGCUGAAGAAAGUCGGCGCCCAAGCGUGGCAGCUCCCACGGCCACUUUGCUCAGCACGUUUGGCUUUGAAAUGACGACCUUCGCCGUGUUGCCUGACGAAUCCAGCGACGUUGCUGACGCGCACAAAUCGGGGGCCAAACGCAAGAGUUCACAGUAUUUGGACGUAUCUGAGGACCUGUUGCAUGGCCUAUCGACUCAUCCCGGUGUCGUGCUGCGUGUGUGCUGCCUAAAUGACGACGUGGAAGGCAUCGAGAAGGUGCUGGAAGAUUUUCAAGACGCAGCAGCAUGCUUACUGCGAAAUGGCGCCAGUGUUGAUCAAGCCAGCACCAAGUUUCACAAUACAGCGCUGCAUUUUGCGGCGUUACGUCGUUUGUUCCAAAAAAGCUUGCCGGCCACAGAUGCUUGUGAUAGUCAGGGCUGCGUAGCGUUGCAUCAUGCGGCGCGUGGCGGAUUCUUGCCCGUGGUUGUGCUGUUGGUGGAGGCAGCCUGCACCAUCGACGUAAAGAACAACGAAGAACAAGCCCCGAUCGACGCUGCAGAAGAGGACAGCUUAGAAGUUAAAGAAGCCGCCCCCGAGAUUGCCGAGUAUGAAACAGUGACGGCGCGUGACGAUGACCUUUAUGAUCAAGUUCAGACGACCCCACGGUCCUCCCGAGUGUUCUCAUCGCCCUUAGGCAUGCAUACGGUACGCAUCCCGCUGGACUACGAAAAUCCGCAGGAUGCGCUGGCCGGCGAAACUUUGAUGGCAGCAGAGAGCGAUGAUGCGAGCGAGCGUGACGAAUCACAUUAUGUCACCUCUGCCGAAGUUCGAGCUCGCAAGGCAUCACAUGCAUCGCAAGUGUCCGCCUUUGAAGUACCGCGAGCCGUCGAAGAGCCCUUGUAUGACAACGACGAGCUGGAGGCAUACGCAGAGUACGCGGAAGAGGCUCAGAUUGAGUUUAUGGAUGUUAGUGAGGCCGACGAUGAGGGAUCCGUGGUUUUGCCAACGGCGAUGGAGAAUCCCGUUUACGACAAUGAUGAUGUAAAUCCAGCGGCCUUACUGGCCAUGCUGGAACAGCACCGCGAUGAGUCCGAUUUUGGUGAGGACGAUGAUCUGGAGGUCGCUCGAGCCCUGAAUGAGAUUGCAGACGAUGCAGUUGGGAUGUUCGAGCAUUUGAAUGCACUCAGUCGUGAGCAAACAACAAGGCACAAUGUGAACGAAGCAGCACGGAUUGGACGGCUCAACAUUCCCGAGCUGCGGGAAUCGGAGCAGGCGCGACAUUUGCGUGACGUCGGCCGUCUGCAAGUCCCAUCAGCUUUUGCAAAUUUAUAA